UGUUGUUAACUAAAAUCAUUGGUAAACAAAAUUUAGUAUAAUUGUUCAAUUUUUAUUUAUACAACUCAAUUUCAUAAAAACAGAUAUGAAACUAGUCUAUUCCGAAGUUCUAAUAGAUGCGUGUGCACUCCUUGACCAAAUUCAUAUAUAAAUAUCACCAAAGGAUCAAUCAACUCAUCCAAACAUCCAUAUCUGACUCAUUGAUUCUUCCUAUCCUCUCUCUCUCUCUCUCCCUCUUCAAGAUCUCUCUCAAUCAUUAAUCCACAAAACUCCAUUUCUAAAUCCACCACCAUCAUCAUCAUGUACUCGUCAAACCCAACUGAUUAUCAGAAAUACACAGCGUCACCACAACAAUCAGCCCCACCGCCAUACAGCCAUCCAGCGAAUGGCAUCCCAGUUAGCUCCACCAACCAAUUCUACCAUGAGAUGCCCCACCACCAACCACCCUCAGCGCCAUCGCUGUACGGCCAACCCCAAAGUGGAGUCCCAGUUAGCUCGGGCAACCAAUACUACCCUGAAAAGCCCCAACCAGCAAUCCAGGCUCUGCCUAAAUCACAAGUACCAUGGUCCACUGGCCUUUGCGACUGCUUCGACGAUGUCCCUAACUGUUGCAUAACUUGCUGGUGUCCUUGCAUCACUUUCGAACGGAUUGCUGAGAUUGUAGACAAAGGAUCAACAUCAUGUGGGGCAAGUGGGGCUCCAUACACAUUAAUAUCAAUUGUGGUGGGGUGUCCAUGCUUCUACUCUUGCUUCUAUCGUUCAAAGAUGAGGCAACAAUACUUAUUGCAUGAAAGCCCUUGUGGUGAUUGCUUGGUUCAUUGCUGUUGCGAGUCCUGCGCCUUGUGUCAAGAGUACCGCGAGCUCAAAAACCGUCGUUUCGACAUGGCCAUAGGAUGGCAUGGCAAUGUGGAGAAACAGAAUCGUGAAAUGGGUGUGGCACCAGUGGUUGAAGGAGGAAUGAGCAGAUGAAGAGCUAUGCUACAAGUAUAGAAAUUAUUCAUAGAAUGAGUCACAUACAAGAUGCAAGAGGAUGAGAUUUACGG